AUGGUCAAUGCACUGAAAUGGCAGACCUUUAUGAUUAAGCCUAAGAAAGAGGAAGGUAGGAAUGGUAAAGACAUGCUGCAGGAUCUCAGAAUUGCUCCACUUUUUUCUAUCAUCACUAAGCUCUAUACUGCUGGGGGCAGUCGGAUUUUUCUGGUCUGCUUCUGCAGUUUGCCUGGCCUGGUUCUGUUCAUUGUCCAGACUUCUUGUUUGGGUUCAAUGGCAUUGGGUGGAAUGUUGCCUGUUUGCUGUGGUUUGCUGCCUUAUGCUGGUCUGGUUGCUGCUUUUCUCUGUUUCAGUGGUCUCCUGCUGGUCUGGCUGUCUGCUGCUGUGCUGGUUGCUGUGCUGCAGGGCUGUGCUGGGUGUGUGACUCUGUUGAUGGGGUUUGUGCAGGGUCAGUUCAGUUUUGGUUUGGAGGGCUGCCCAAGUGCUGAUUUCAGGGCUUUUUCCUAUUGA